AAAUUAGAUAUUCUAUAAAAGAAAUUCUUACAGAACAGGAACCAGUGGCUUAUGUUUCAGUAGAGAGAGAGAGAGAGUUGAAAGUGAUGUCGGAAAUCAAAGUGGUGGAUGUCAUGCGUAACGAUCAAGGCCUCCUCGUACACGAAGAAGCUGCUUCUACUCCGAACCUCAACGAAAAGAGACGACUUGCUUCUCUCGACAUCUUCCGUGGCCUCACCGUAGCCUUGAUGAUCCUCGUGGAUGACGCCGGAGGAGACUGGCCUGUGAUUGCUCACGCGCCGUGGGAAGGCUGCAACUUGGCUGAUUUCGUCAUGCCUUUCUUUUUGUUCAUCGUUGGCGUCUCCAUCGCUCUUGCCUUCAAGCGGGUUUCGAACAAGUUUGAAGCUUGUAAGAAGGUUGGGUUUAGGACAUGCAAGCUCCUCUUCUGGGGUCUUCUACUACAAGGUGGUUUCUCUCAUGCUCCUGAUGAAUUAACCUACGGUGUUGAUGUCACUAUGAUGAGGUUCUGUGGGAUUCUCCAGAGAAUAGCACUAUCCUACUUGGUAGUAGCAUUGGUGGAGAUUUUCACAAAGGACUCACAUGAGGAAAGUCUCUCAACUGGGAGGUUCUCAAUAUUCAAAUCAUACUAUUGGCACUGGAUUGUGGGUGGAUCAGUUCUUGUGAUUUAUCUCGCCACGCUCUAUGGAACUUACGUUCCUGAUUGGGAGUUCGUUGUCUCUGAUAAAGAUAGCAUUCUCUAUGGGAAGAUCCAAUCCGUAUCAUGUGGAGUGAGAGGGAAGCUAAACCCUCCUUGUAACGCUGUUGGAUAUGUUGAUAGACAAGUUCUAGGGAUCAAUCAUAUGUAUCACCAUCCUGCCUGGAGACGAUCCAAGGCUUGCACUAAGUAUUCCCCUUACGAGAGACCUUUGCGCCAAGAUGCACCGUCAUGGUGUCAUGCUCCGUUUGAGCCUGAAGGAGUCCUAAGCUCUAUUUCUGCUAUUCUUUCUACAAUCAUCGGAGUCCAUUUUGGACAUACCAUCGUACACUUUAAGGAGCAUUCAGCUCGGCUGAAACAUUGGAUCUCCACCGGUCUAGCUCUCCUUGCUCUAGGACUAACUCUACAUUUCACACACUUGAUGCCUUUGAACAAACAACUCUAUACUUUCAGCUACACAUGCCUCACCUCCGGCGCAGCCGCCCUCGUCUUCUCCGCCUUGUAUUCUCUGGUGGAUGUAUUGGAGUGGAAGCACGUGUUUUUACCUCUAGAAUGGAUAGGGAUGAACGCGAUGCUGGUGUACGUGAUGGGAGCUGAAGGCGUUUUAGCUGCUUUCUUCAACGGUUGGUACUAUCGCCAACCGGGCAAUACACUGAUAAAUUGGAUUAAAGAGCAUGUUUUCAUCAGAGUUUGGCAUUCAAGAAGAGUUGGUGUUCUGAUGUAUGUUAUUUUUGCGGAGAUUCUCUUCUGGGGUUUGGUUACUGGUGUUUGCCACAGGUUCAAGAUCUAUUGGAAACUCUAAGGAGAGCGUGUAAAAGAAACAGAACUCUAUGAGAAGCUGUUAUACUUAUAGUUAGGAACUUAGGAUAUAUAUGUACAAGUCAGAUUCUGUUUAACUCUUGUAUAUUUCUCCUCAUAACUCUCUUUGUAAUGAAAAUAGAUAGCAUUUGUUGA